GCAGGCGCCCGCGCCCCCGAACGAGGUUUGGAAAAGUUACCGGGAGCCUGCGGGAGCACGGCCCCAGGGCAGGGCAGCGAGCGGACCCGGGCAGCCCCGGCGGGGCGGCUCUGUGUGCCCGCCCGGGGGAGGUGGCCCGGCUCCUGCGCGGCGAGCGGGCCCGGCGCGUCCCACCCCCGGCCUUGACGCCACGCGUUAAUGAAAUGCUAAUGCCGGGGCGCGGAGCCGGGCGCUGCCCGCGCCCAUAAAACGCGGCGCGGCGCGGUGCGGGGACCCUGCCCGCAGCCAUGCAGAGCGCGGCCCCCGCCGCCCCGCCGGCCCUGCACCUCCUCACCUCCUACUUCAUCGACAGCAUCCUGGGCCGGGGCCCCGCCGCGGGCCGGCACGGCGCGGAACGCGCGGAGACGCCGCGGCCCGGCCGAGCGCGGAGCCCCGCGGAGGAGCCGCCGGCGGAGGAGCGCCCGUCCGGCCCCGAGGCAGCGGGUCCCGCCAAGAGGAAGCAGCGGCGGUACCGCACCACGUUCAGCACGUUCCAGCUGGAGGAGCUGGAGCGCGCCUUCUGCAAGUCCCACUACCCCGACGUGUUCACCAGAGAGGAGCUGGCCCUGCGCCUUGACCUGACUGAAGCCCGGGUGCAGGUCUGGUUCCAGAACAGAAGGGCAAAGUGGAGGAAACGUGAAAAAAAUGAAAUCCUGGGGACUGUUCCGGGAAUCUCCUUAACGCACCCACUUGGUCUGUUUUUGGAUGUUCCACUGAGUCAUUCUCCCCUCCUAGAGCACACAUGGAGGUCAAUGCCUCUUUCAACAUUGGCUGUGCCAUCCAUGUCCCCAGCUUUUAAUCCUUCAACCUUAGGGCCAUUUGGCCUCAGCAGUCUUACCUGGACUUCUCUCUUCAGAAAUCCUAUAUUAAAUCCACAUUUUGGAAGGUUUCUCAAUGCUUUAAAUCCUCUGGUGACAACAGCUUCAGUACUAAUGAAAGCUCCUGGACCCCCGUCAGACCCUGUUCUCACUGCCUUCACUGAUCCAGCAGCAGUUGAAAGGAAAACGUCAAGCAUUGCAGCACUAAGACUCAAAGCGAAAGAACAUUCAGCACAAAUCCCUCAAUUAAACCUCAUCUCCAGUCUUACAAACACUAACAAAGAACUUUGUUAGGAGCUCUCCCACAGACUACAGCCACGGAGGGGAAAGUGAAUGCCUUCUCCAAUAAGUAGCUCUCAUUAGAGAGACACAUUUAAAAAAAGAAAACACACAUACUCACACACACACACACAGAGCUGUAUUUCUUGCAGCUUCAGUAACAGACUGAAAGGAAAUAAACCUGCUAAACAUUGUUCUUCUUCAUUACAACAUGAAAUCAGGCAGUAAA